AUGACAUACCCUGUUAUUUCGCUAAAGCCAAGCUACAAUUCUGUAAUACGUGGCUGCCCCGGUUUACCUGACACGUUGCCACGAAUCGAAUGCCAAUUAAGAGUGCGAUCAAAUGACUCAUUGCCUUUUAAACUGGUUAAGAUCGAAACUGUCUUGAAGACAAUUGAAAUAUACUUCAACAAAAACCUUUACAGCAGCAAUAACAAUUCUUUCACCCCCUUCAACCGUCUGUCAGACUCUCCUAAUUGCCAUUCAGACACCAGUAACCAGAAUACCACCAUUCACUAUAAGAAAAACAUCGUGCUUUCUCACCCUACCCGUGAUAGCGGUGAUUUCAACGAUGAACUUAUCGGCAUAGACAUACCUUUGACAAUUGGGUUACCUGACGAUAUCAAAGAAACAAAUUAUAAUCCGAAAUUCGGCAAGACGCAGACGUUCCUGGAUUGUACCGUGUUUUAUGCAGAGGCAGGUGUGGGAAGCUCGAAUAAAAAAAGGAAUUUUCUUCACCCAGUAAACGUCGAGAGGUAUACAUAUCUGCCUUCACCGUCAUAUUUUAGACCAAUCAACAGAUCAAACAUCACUUCUCCCGACCAGAAAUUCUUAAUUAAUUAUUCUAUUGAGAACCCCUGUGUUUCCAUGGAUAGUGAUGCGUUGAAGCUCUCCAUAUCAAUUAGACUGAACCCGUUUCCGAGUAAUGCUAUAGCUUCUUCUCCAAAUGACUUGGAUGUGUCCACGCCGACACUUUUCUCCACAAAGAAAAAGUUUAAGUCUAAGCUCAAAUUAAAAUCAAUUACGACACAGAUACUGGAGUACUUGGAAAUUUUGAAAAAUCAAUCAGAAUUUUCAUCCACGCAAACUACGAAUAUUUUGCAAACAUCCGUUAGACAAAUUGAUCAAAUCAUCUCCAUGAAUUCAUUGAUUUUUCAAUUCAGCCUCAAAAUAUUUACUAAGGAAAGAUUUUCACAAAGCUUUGAAUCUUCCGACUCAAGUUGUCCCGAAACAAAAUUACUAAUUAAUAAAAUCGGCGAUAUACCCCUGCAGUACCAUAGUUCGAUAACUACAAUAGGCCAACAUUUUAAUGUUUCUCACUCUCUUUCAAUAAGAUUCAAAUUCAAUAAAAGUCUGAAAAAUUUCGAAAUCAAUCAUCCUUUAAUCAUAUCGUUUUGGUCAGCAAACCAACUGCCACUAAUUGAGAAUCUGAUAUUGCAAGAAAGGCAGACUGCUAAAUUUGCCAAGAAAUUUUAUAAAAAUUUUGGUCGAAUCAAGAACGCAAGCAACAGCAAUAACGGCUCGAACUGUUUGGAGUAUCCCUCCUUACCACCGAUAAUCUAUAAUUUCAACGACUCGGAAACAAAUAAUAUGUUCAAUAUAUUAUACUCGCAAAAGGACGCUAGUCGCACGGAUCCUUCUAAAUUGAGAAGGGUACCUGUCAUACAAUGA